CAUCCCUAAUAUAAAUACGGAUACGGAGAGAGAUGUGGCUCGUUGCCUCGUUCGUUGAGGCAUCAAGCUUCAUUGGACUUUGGGCUCCUGAGUAAGCUUCAAGUCGCCUAAAAAUGCUGCGUUUAAGUCUCAUCGGUCACAGCAAAUCACCCUUCAGAGUUCAGAUGAUAGAGGACGAGGAGGAGGACGAGGAGGAGGCUGAGGUUUUCUAACUAGUUAACUAGUCUUUCCCUGAUCUCUGUGCUUCGAAGAAUAACCACCCUGUUAAAGCCGGAGAUGAUGACCAAGUAUCGGUGCUCAACCCAACUGGGUAAUACUACAAAGUGUUCUCGACGCAAGAGGCCUUCCUUUUUCAAGGUCUUGCUCCCCUCUCACUACUCCAAAUUGCUGCAGAUACCACCACCUUUUAUCAAGCAUUUCAAUAGAUCAGUGCCCAGAAGAUCCAUCAUUAGAAGUCCGACCGGAAAAUGUUGGCCUGUAACUGUGAAAAAGAUUGAGAAAAGAUUCUAUUUCCAAAAGGGUUGGCAGAGCUUUGUGAAACAUCAUGAUUUGGUGGUUGGAGACCUUUUAGUUUUCAGCUACCAUGGCAAUUCAAAGUUCAGUGUUAAGAUAUACGACCGAAGUGCUUGUGAGAAACAAAUGCCUUUACCACCUGUAGCCCAGAUUCAGAGCACAAGUGUUUCCCACCCAACGAAUGGAAAGCAAGGCAAAAUGAUGCCCAAAGUCACCAAGGAAACAGGUGGAUGUGUCAAGCCAAACAGAAAGCCUAUUAUCAAGAAUGGAAGAAAUGGAGGGUUUGAAGCUGCCUGUUCAUACAAAACAGAGUUUCCAUAUUUUAUUGGAGUUUGGAGAAACUCUAGAAGAUAUUACAUGACGAUUCCAAGUGCUGUGGCAAGACAGUUUUGCCUUGCAAGCAAGGUGAAAAUGGUUCUGCUUUGGGAUCCUCAAGGGAGGCCAUGGCCAGUGAAAGUCUGUUUCAGGAGAGAUGGUCGUGUUGUUCUGUCAGAUGGGUGGGGUGAAUUUUCUAAAGCAAAUCGUUUACUUGAAGGUGAUGCCUGCAGCUUUGAGUUCUGCCAUGGAAUAGGCAAUUCAAUAUGUGUCAAUAUAUUCCGAGCAAUGGGAUCAACCAAACGACAGGCAUCAAACAACAAGACUGGGACUGUAGUACCAGUCUCAUCUGCUACAAGCCAAAAAGGUUCUGUUAUUGCAGUAUCUAAGUCACUGCAGUGGUAAGGAAAGGAAAAAAAAAAGUGGAGGAACAUCUUCAGCAUAGGAGGUUUGCUAGGUUUAGAGGAAGAUUAUCUAGUAUUUAAUGUUACUUAGUGGGUGCUUUUGGAAACCUUUCUCUGUACUCUUCAUGCUAUAUAAAAAAUGCCAACGGAGAAAGAGUCAAGUUCUUUCCUAAAAUGUUUCUUCAUUUGGACACUUUUGAAUCUAAUUUCCAUUGGAUCAUCUUAAUCAUU